UCAAGCACAUCGAACCUCAUCGAACCUCCUCAGAAUGAAUGAUAUUAGAGAGAGCGAGGGGUGUAGAGUUUUGUCACAGAAGUUUGCGGUGGUUCAAGCACAUUGAACCUCAUCGAACCUCCUCAAAAAGCAUGCUAUUAGAGAGAGCGAGGUGUGUAGAGUUUUGUCACAUAAGUUCGGGGUGGUUCUCUCUGUACUUCAGUACAGGUGUGCUCCAUGACUGCCUA